AUGAGAUUUAAAGUUGUUAUUGUUGGUGAAGCAGAUGUUGGCAAGACGUGUAUUGCUCAGAGAGCCUCAGUGGGUGAGUUUCCUGAGCGUGCAAAGGCUACAGUUGGCGCAGCAAAUUGCUGCAUUGAAGUUGAAGUUAAUGGCGAACUAAUUUCGUUGAACAUAUGGGAUACAGCUGGACAAGAGAGAUAUCGUUCUCUUACACAAAUGUAUUUUACUGGAGCAUCGAUUGCCAUUGCUGUUUUUGACAUUACCAACUUAAAUUCGUUUAAAGCACUUCCUGAAUUCAUUACAAUGCUUAAAGAGAAGGCAGGAAAUGGCGUUAAGAUCAUUCUCGUUGGAAAUAAAUGCGAUUUAACUGAUAGACAAAUUGAUAUCGAAACAGCAAAAGAAUAUCAAAAAGAAAUUAACGCAUCACUAUAUUUGGAAACAUCAGCUAAGACUGGCGCUAAAAUAAAUGAUCUUUUUAGAGCGGUCGCAGAAAUUGCUUAUUCAUCAAUAGAGAAAGUCCAAGUAGACGUUAUACCUCCAAAGAAGAAAAAGGAAGGAUCUAGCUGUUGCUAG